AUGGCUACAUGGCCGCUGCCCACAGACGAUGACAAGGAAGACCUCCUCCUUUCAUGUCGAUACGAUGAUCUCGACGAAGUUCAAGCUUUUGUAACAAAAUUUGGCCCAGGUGCUCUCUCCAGUGUCCGAGACGACAACGGAAACACCGUGCUACACAUGACGUGCGGAAAUGGACACAUAGACGUGCUGGAUUACCUUCUUCCUCUUCUCUCCCCUUCCAUCCUGUCUGCACAAAAUAGCGCUGGCUCGACCGCCUUGCACUGGGCAGCGCUGAACCAGCAUCUCGAAUCAGCGCAGAAGCUGGUCCACUUUACUGGGGGACCAGGGGUUGAUCUGAUUGAUAUCAAAAAUAUUGCCGGAAGAUCACCCCUGGGUGAAGCCGAAAUGAUUGGAUGGGAUGAGGGCGCAAGGUGGCUUGUGCAGGAGAUGAAUCUCGAUGAAGGUAGCCAUCAUGAGGUCAAUGAUAACGAAGAAGAUGGUCCCGUGGACACUGCACAGGAUAUAGAAGUAGAGAUUCAGGAUGCGGAUGGUGAAGUGGCCAAGAUGACGAUAAGCGGUGGCGCAACCAUCUGA